CCAGGCUACUGUGUCCUUCAAGGACUUUGGCACAUCCACUGAUCCCUUCACAGGCCCACUGCCUGUAGCAUGCUCGACACCUGUAAAGCCGCCACCAUCUAAGAGACCUCGGCUGCAGCAGCAGGAGGAGGAGGAGGAGGAAGAUUGUCUCGAGGGCAGCGCAAUACUGGCUUCUGAAGGGCUGGACGCAACCUUUCACCCUGAAGACUCGGUCACAACUUUGCCUGAGUCAACAUUCAUGUCAGAUGCUGAAUCCACAUCCAAACACGAUAUAAGGAAGUACAUAGUGUACGAGACCUGUCUCAUGGAGCUGUUCGAGGUGUGUCCUAUGUGCAAGCGUGUUUGCAGUGUGAAAAACAAAGUGCUUGGGACAUUCAUAUCAGUGAAACAGCUGUGUGAGUAUUGCGAGUAUUCCCGAAUUUGGCAAAGCCAGCCUCUUCUGGAUAGCACACCAGCUGGGAACUUGCAGCAGUGUACAUCAGUGGAGCCUCUUUCUUCAAACUUCAAAGGGUAAAUGAGUGAAUAAGUAAAUAAUAAUUUGCCCCAUUGUUGAACAUGGCAUAUGUUUUACAUUAUCAAGUCCUAUUUUUCAGGUGUUCAAGGCGAUGCAUCUGCAGAUUUUUCUGUAUGAUACCUUUCGUCGGCAUGCCCGAAUCUUUAGAGCCAGCUAUUGUCCAUAAAUGAAACCAUUCCCAGGAUGUGAUGCUGCAGCAGCUCAGCGAAGAAAGAAAAGUAAUACUUGGUGGCGACACGAGGGCUGAUUCUCCAGGGCACUGUGCAAAAUUUGGGAGCUACACCAUGAUGGACCUCAACACCAAAACUAUUGUCGAUCUCCAGUUGGUUCAGAGCAACGAGGUUGGAGGAAGCUCCCAUAUGGAGAAGGAAGGCCUGAAGAGGAGCCUGGCAUUGUUGGAUGCACGUGGUGUAACCAUCUAUAGCAUCGUCACUGACCGUCAUCCACAAAUCCAGAAAUUUCUGAGGGACAACAUCACUCAAUUUUAUGACGUCUGGCACAUGGAGAAAGGAAUUACAAAGCAACUACAUAAAAUUAGCAAAACCAAGGACUGCCAGAAAGUAAAGACGUGGAUGCGAGCCAUCAGAAACCACAUCUAUUGGACGGCGGCAUCGUCAAUAACCGGGCCGGAGAGAGUGGCAAAAUGGACCUCCCUCCUGAACCAUGUUCAGGAUAUUCAUACUCAUGAUGAUCCCCUCUUCCCAAAAUGUCUACAUCCAAUUCGCAGCACAACGGACAAGAGUAGAUGGCUCUCAGGAGCAACUCCUGCAUUCUACAAGCUGGAGAAGGCGCUGACCAAGAAGGCAGUCCUGAGGGAUAUAGCAAAGCUCAGUCCCCACCACCAGACGUCCUCUUUAGAGGCAUUCCACGCCGUGAUCCUGCGGUUCGCUCCGAAUAGGAAUGCUGUGCAGGUCUUUGUCGACCCAGCAUCCUACAGAGCUGAGAUUCUGAAGAUAAACAUCCCGCCGGAACUGUCUUCAGAAUAUGAGCAUCCAGACAAGGAGGAGGUCAUCGCCAGCUACGUCUCCAGAUUUAAUCAAGGGAGGGUGGUUUGA